UUCAGUUUCAGCGCGACAUCGACGGUGAACGAAAGGCGAAGGCGCGGAAAAGCGCGUGAAAAUCCGAAUAAAAAGUUGAGGGAAAUGUGAGGCCCAAAUACGUGAGGCGCGACAUUUUCCGGACUAUAGUGUAUGUGUGUGUGUGUGCAUGUGCGUGUGUUUCUGUGACUCGAGGCUAGAGAGUAUGAAGCUAAUAGAAAGGAAGACUUAAAAAAGUGUUGUGAGUGAAAAAAACGAGUUCAAAACAAACAUAUAUUGCCGUAGAUCAAAACUCGCAAAGCCAAGUGCGAAUUGAUAGGACAAAGGCAAGCCUGAUAAAGUGAAAGAAAAAAGAAUCGAAGGAGAAUUUGAAGCAGAGUGCAAAGGUUGUUGCUGCAGCCCUAAAAAAUAACCACAAAUCGAGUGGGUCAUCGCAAGAUGUUGACCCUGUGGACGGCACUUUUCUGCUGCCUGACGGGGCUGGCCGUGUGCUACCAGCGGCAAUCUGUAAGCAACAACAAUCACAAUAACGCCGAGGCGAAGCCCACCCAUGCGCCACCCUCGCAUUAUCCUCAUGGCCACAAGUGGAACGAGCCGUACUUUGAUCUCACGAUGCCCAGGAACAUCACUUCGCUGGUGGGCAAAUCCGCAUAUCUGGGCUGUCGUGUCAAGCAUCUUGGCAAUAAGACGGUUGCCUGGAUACGACAUCGUGACCUGCACAUCCUCACCGUGGGCACCUACACCUACACGACGGAUCAGCGUUUCCAGACCUCCUACCAUCGGGACAUCGACGAGUGGACCCUGCAGAUCAAGUGGGCCCAGCAGAGGGACGCCGGAGUCUACGAGUGCCAAAUAUCCACGCAGCCUGUGCGCAGCUAUUCCGUCAACCUGAACAUCGUGGACCUGAUAGACGCCGAGACCAGCGAUAUAAUGCAGCAGUAUUAUAACGAUGACGCCUUCUAUAUAGCCGAGAAUCGGGUGUACCAGUCCAGUAACGAUGAGUUCGCCGGCAUGUUUGGACCCAUCCAGACAGUUGCGGUGCCCACGGCCACCAUUCUGGGAGGACCCGAUCUGUAUGUGGACAAGGGCAGCACCAUAAAUCUCACUUGCAUCAUCAAGUUCAGCCCGGAGCCACCGACCCAUAUCUUCUGGUAUCAUCAGGAUAAGGUGCUCAGCGAGGAAACUUCGGGCGGCCGACUGAAAUUCAAGACCAUCAAGUCGGAGGAGACCAAAUCCAUUUUGCUCAUUUACGAUGCGGAUCUCCUGCACUCUGGCAAAUACUCAUGCUAUCCUUCGAACACGGAGAUAGCCAGCAUACGCGUCCAUGUCCUUCAGGGCGAGCGACCCGAGGCGAUGCAAACGAACGCGGCACCGGCCGCUGUUGCCCUGGCCUGUUGGUCCUGUCACUUUGGCCAGGCCACGCAGGCGGUCAGGGUAAUUAGCACAAUGGUGGCGGCACUUGUAUUGUUGGAGGCCUGCUCCUCGCUGCUCCUGCAGAGUGGUGGCGGAGGUGGAUGUCCUGGAGGAGGAUCGCCCGCAGGAGGAAUGCCCACUCGAGUCAGGGAGAUACGGGAAAAACCGCUCACAAAUUCCCUGCUUGACCCCAAGAUACCCUCGACGACGUCCGCGGAGCGUGUCAAUAAUGGCAGCAGGAAUGCACGGUGAUAAAUUAAUGUCGCCCAGUUGGAAUUCCACCGCCAAUGCAGCCCCCGAGUGCAGCUGAAAUGAUUUAUACUCCAAGUUACAGGAGCAUCGGGAGCCGAAGCAGGAGCAGCAGCAUCUGAGGUCCUUCCACUCGAGCUGCAUGUAAUACCUAUCUGAAAAAUCAACUAAUUAUGCUAAUGAUGGAAGGAGCCGCGACGCUGCUCCUGGAACUGCUCCUCCUGCUCGGUGGCAAGUUGUAAGUAAGCGUGUUUCUAAUUAAGUGGGCUGGGGAUUAGUUAGUUAGGCGGAAAUCGGAGCCAUGUACAUAAACUUCUCACGUAAAUUGCCAGCACACUAGCGAAACUAGCUAAAUGGAAAGCAUUUCGAACGAAUCAUCAAAUUAGAGAACUAUAUUCAAGUGGUUUGCUUGUAGAGCCAUGGCUAGAAGUUUAAAUAAAUAAUAAAGUAAAUGGAGGGCAGGGGCGUUUUGGAGCUAGUAGAGAUUUAAAAACAGUCAUUAAAGUGUCUAUGACCUAAGGUAUCGCAUAAUUUGUUCUAUAGCUAUAAGGCAAAUGAAACAUAAUUUGUAUAUAGUGUAGCACUUGACUUCUGUUUUUGAAUAUCUUCGGAUUUCUGAAGUACCCCCAUUAGUAACAUAAGUAUAUACAUACCUAGCGAAAGUUUACUCAGAUCGUUGUAAAUACUAUUGGGAUUCGUUCUUGAUUUAUCUGUGUGUUGCCCUUGGGUUACCCUGUAUAGCCUAGAGUUUAAGCAAUGUACAUACUUAGAGAUACAAAGUAGCUAACUGUUUCGACACGAACUUCUUCGAAGGUUCCUAAACAAAUUUUUUUAACAACUUUACAUGUCCCAUGGUCUCCCUCAAUAAUCUAUGGGAACUCGGAGAAUGCAUGAGAAAUUCCUGCCAAAAAACCCGCUUCGGUUUGAAGUGCGACUUUCCGGGCUGGCAAUUUAUUUAGAAGAAUUUCGAAUUUCUCCAAGUCAUGUGGGCAGUUCCUGUUCCCAUUUACCAUAUACCAACUCCAAGCAAUUGCUGCGAGUUCAUUGCUCUCCGAGUCCAGGGAAAUUUAGAGCCACCCAGUUCGGCAUGUCCGGUUGCAUUUAUAUGGCCUGUCCCACCGGAAAAAAGGGGCAAAAGACGAAGACGAAGACACAACUGGCAAGUCACUUUUCACUCUUGUCAACAAAAUAUUUGCAUUUCUAUUUCGGUCCGAGGCCGUCGAAUGUGUUCACGUUGGGUUCGAGUUCGUCUUGAAGGACUUUGGCCGGGAAACCGGGCUCGUCUUCCUGUGCCACAUUUAAAAAUGUAUGGGUUCUACGGCCGGUAAAUGGGGCUAAGUUUAACUGAUCAAAAUUGUAAAUAAACCUGCAUAUAUACCAUAUGAAUAAACUAUAAAUUGUACUCAAGUAUUCGUGUGGUAGUCAUACAUUACAUAUACGAAAACACAAACAUAAGAAUGCACAGUGCUAGCAAAUCGGACAUGAAUAUAUAUAUAGAUAUGGAUUUAUAUACGUAUAUGGAUGUAUCGAUAUUAAAAAUGUAAACCCAACGCAUGCAAAAUUAGUCGCGACAUGUAAAUGAAUGUUUAAUGGGUAAAUUAAUGUUGCCAUAAAAGGGACAGGAAAAAAACCAUGAAUAUAAUUGCAAUUAAGCAAAUAAAAUGAAAUAUAUGUUAUAAGCAUAAUAAGGGGAAAAAUAGCGAGUAUUAUAACAGAAGCCGAAAAGCAGAAAGCGGAAAUAAAAACAAACUCUGUUGACUUUUGUUGCAAACAAAAUGGCAACGCAUUAUAAAGAUUAUGAAAUUGUUUUUAAUUUUUAAGCGAGUAGCCACGUAAACAUGAAAAUCGGAAUGAAAAAUUUCAAUAAAGUUUUUUUAGUUAUUACCAUCC